UACUCAUUAGUAUAUGCAUAAAAGCUUAAAAAGUUGGGCUACAGUAUAUUUUUUUCUCUUUCUAAAACAGACACCGAACUUUUCCCUCUUUCUUUUUAGGACACCGAUUUUUCAUCACGCGUAGAGAAACUUUUCCUCUCUUUCGUAUUUGCACACGGAACUCUUCUCCUUUCUUAUUUUGCCGCGCACGUAAGUCUUUUUCUUUCUUAUUUUGCCCCUGUAACUUGUGAUUUGGGUGAUGCUUAUCUUCUCUUCCUCAACGUUGGUUGCCGUCAUUCUCCUCCAAUGCGGUUCGUUUCUCUUUCUUUAUUUCUUUCCCGUUUCUUCUUUACUCUUCCUUCUUCUUUGCUUUUCUAUUUUUCUUCCUGAUAUGUUCACCUGUCUGUAACGACUCUUUGAUUUUGCCUUCUUCUUCGCACCAAUUGUCUGUCUCCUUCCAGUUUUCUCCCUUUAAUCAAUGUUCGUCUAUUUCUCCGAAAAAUCUAUUUGUGUCUUAGAGUCCCAGAGGCGGAGAGAGAGAGAGAGAGAGAGAGAGAGAGAGAGAGAUAGAGAAAGAGAGAGAAUCGACACCUCUCCAGCUGUUUCUUUUUCCCACCAUAUACGUUAAAUUGUUGAUACUGAUCUUCAUUGCUCCUAGGCUAAAAUAAGGAGUUGUCGGGUGUUAGGAGUUGCUCAUUGGUAACCAUUAAUGACAUGCGAUGAUCUAUCCAAAAAGUCAUGUGGGGAACAAAUGGAACCAUGUAUCGAUACGAAGCUGCUUUGCACUGAGAGAUUAAAGAAGAUGUAAAUCACUAGAGUAAAUGAAUGUAUGUUAUGUUUAUGCUUAUGUGUCUGUAUCGGAACAUGACAUCCCGAGGUUUUAUUAUUUAAUGAAAAUACAUUCUCUUUGAGAAAUGUUUUGAUUAGUUUUUAUCAUAUCUUGUUUUGGAAACAAAUUCCGCAACCGUUUUCUUUAAACGGAUACUCUGAUUUAUAAAACAAAGCAUAAACAAAUUGGUCAUUUAUGGCCGUGAAAUCGGGGAUGUCACAACAUGGCCUUCAAAGGGUACUUUUCAAGUUUGCAUUUUCCUUCUUAGGUUUUGUGUUAUUUGAACCUUCCCAUCACAUGUUAAGUUGAUCAAAAUAGUAAUAUCCUUCUUUAAACCACAAAAGACCAAAUUUCCCUUUACUAGUUUUACUAUGCCAAUCCCACGUAAAACCAAGCCACAAUCUUAUACUUUCAUGUCUAGCAUUAUUUUUAGCCUCCAGAAGAAUCAACAUAAAAUCAGAGAUCAUAAGACACACAAAUAGACCAAAAUGCCCCUCUUUUCUUCAUCUGCACCAGAACUCAUAAUGUACAUUCCCAGAAACCAUCUUUUGCAAAUGUUUGUCUGAUGUGAUCAUCUUUUUCUAAUAUAAUCCUCGCAAUGUAACUGAUUUCAACCUCCGUUUUCAUAUGUGUAAUGCCGUUUCGUCAAUAUUAUAAUAUGGUUGGUUAUGUACUGUAGUUUCAGAUUACCAAACAAAACAAUGUACACAACGCCAACGACGCAUCUAAUUCCCUCUAGUUUCGUAUAAUUUGAUAUAAUUUUACAACUUCAAAUGGCUAAUAUUUAUUUAAUAUGAUAUUAUAAAUUGUCGUUUCAUAUUUCAAAGGUUUCAACUCAUAUUUCCAUAUAACUACGGUGGACAAUUGUAUAUUAGUAAAAACAGUGGCGGAUGCCUUUAGGGGCCAGGGGAGACCAUGGCCCCCCUGGUUUUUUAACCUGUUAAUAUCUGUUUAGAUGCUGAAAUUGUUUAUAAGUGAUUCAAAAGAAAGUUUGUAGAAACCCGAAAGAGCAAACCACCCUAAACAUAAAAAAGAAAAACUAAUUUUUUAGAAUAUCAAUAACUCCUAAUUUGUAGAAAUACGUUGCUACCAAAAAUAAAAGUUUAAAUUAUUAGAUAUUUAAUUAAUAACAAAAAAAGAAACUAAACAAUCUCAAAAAUAAAACUGAAAACCUUAACCCUCAACCAUCAUACGUCAUUGCCGUUCUUCUCACUUCACAUCCUUUCUCGUGGGGUUUCUCCGGUCUCAGCAUCUUCAUGAAUCGUUUAACGAUGUCCUGCUCCGGAUCUCAGCGUCUCCGGCUGCCUGAGCACCGACCAGCUCCGGUUCACCUCCACACACAGGUUUUCCCUUUUCUCUUGAUCUUGUUUUUUCUCUUGUUUAAGUGUUUUACGGAAUUAGGGGCAUGGAUUUUUAUCCGUUCUUGUGAAACUCUUAUAAAGAAGCAUACUACACUGUCGUCUCUUGAGCCUCUAUAUUAGAUUUCUUUUCAAUAUUGCUUUGGACUUUUGUGUAGAUGCCAGACUAUUUUUACUUUUUACUUAAAGCAGUGUUUUUAUUAUUCGUUAUAUUUUUGUAGUUUUACUUUGCCUUCAUGUUUAGUUCUCUAACUAUAAGUUUUAGGAGACAUAAAUAAAUAAUUAUUAUCAACAUCUGUUUGGGGAGGGAAAAAUCACAAAAAAUAAGUAUGAUUUUCAAAAGAAAAUGCGUUAAAAGAAUUUAGAUCAACCUAAAAUUUCAUAAACCUAGUUCUUAACAGUUAGAAGUCAAUUUAUGUACAAAAAGUAAAGGGUUUUUGUAUGUUAUAACUUUAAUUCAAAUUAAGUUUAUAAUUUUGUUUUCAAGUUUUGGUUUUGGCCCCCUUAAUAUUAAUGGUCGUGUUCCGCCCCUGAAUAAAAACUUGGAUUUAAAACCUUUUGUAAAUAUAUUAUAAUUCUUUUACAAAUGGUUUCAAUACAUAUACAUACAUAUGCGCAUACAAACACAUAUAUAUAUAUAUGCUUUGUGCAUAUAUAUACAUAACUAUGCCUUGGGUGCGUACAUAUACAUACAUAUGCUUUGUGCAUAUAGAUACAUACAUAUGCCUUGGGUGCAUACAUAUACAUAAUUACAUACAGAACAAUACAUUUCGAUGUAAAUUAAAAAUACCCAAACAUAUAACUACUUUUCAGUUCGUCCUACAACAAUGACAUCUGUAAUUUAAACUCUGAAACAUUGUCUAUUCAUCAUGGCGGUGUUCUACGUAUUCCGGAACAGUAAUUGUAGAUGAAUAAGCACUUUAUAAAAAUAAGAAAACUAGGUUUUUAAAGUGAAGAACGUACCCAUAAAAUAACAGGGUCGUAGUGGUUUUCUUCCAUGUUGGAGUUGCAUGCUAGAGAUCGAAGUUGCGUGUCGGAGAUCAGAAUCAGGAUCGGGGUUGCGUGUCGGAAUCGAUCGAAAAGUCGGAACAAGAUCUAGAAUGAAGCCGAGGGUCUUGAUUUUUUCAAAUUAUAUUUCAGAAUUUGAAUUUCAAAUUCUCGAUCUGGAACACGGACAGAUAGUCCGGAAUUUCCAUUCCGAAGGCAAGGUAAUGGGGCGACCCACCCAAAAAUGAGUCUAAACUAUGUUUUGGAAUGCCCAAUUCUCGACCAUGUGGUAAUUUUUUAAAAAAGUUAUAUUUUUAAAAAACACCCAAAAGACAAUGUUUAUACUAUUUUCCUAAAAACUAGUAAAAACCCGGGCUUCGCUGCGGGUCGUUUUUUUUUAUUAUUAUUAUUUUUUUUAAUUUUUUUAAUUUUUUUUUAUUGUGUUAUAACAUAUUUGACAAAGAUUACCAAAAAUACGUUGUGUACAAUUCAUAUCUAACAAUUGGUAAAAACAUAGUAUUUUUACAAAGGGUAUACUAAGAAUUUAAAUGAUUGAUUUUUUUGUUUCUUUUGGUGUAGAUGUUUAACAUUUAAGUCUAUUCGUAGCUAUUAAUGAUGAAGUUGGUACCCAACAACAACCAAUGAUAUUCAAAUCCUUCAAACAUAAAACACAAUUAAAACUACAAAUAAUUGUAUGUAUCCAAUGCAUACAUACAUUUCUUUCAUUACUUUGAGUGGUCAUUAUAACUCAUCUUCAAAUGGCUUGUAAUUAGGAGACUAAAAUGCUAAGAAACAGUGAAAUAUGUUCGAAAAAUGCAAAAAGAUUGUUUUUUUUGGACAUUGUAGCGAAAUUGAUAUACUACAAGGACCAAAAGUGUAUUUUUCUAAAAAAUACUGUUUUACUAUUCCUAGCUUCAAUGCUAAGAAAUACUAGUGAAUAGGAACGGAAAAUCCGCCAUGCAUAUAUGGUUUGUGUACGCUAUAUCAUUAUAUAUAAAGAGAGGGAGUCUUUGUUAGGGUAAGGUCAAAGUAUCUUCCGAUAUAAUAUUUGUUCUCUCGUCUCUCUCAAACCUGCAAUUAGGGUUUCGUCCGUCUUUCUCGAUUUCGUAUCUUUUUCCCGAUGGAAAUUGAAACGCGAAGUACGAGUAAGGAAAAACGAGGGCCACAAUCUGAUGAUAUAUGCGACCAAGUCUUAGGCCGUUACGGCAAAUCCGUCGCACCUCAACACGUCAAACUCUGCAAAAUUGCUACGCGUACCGCAAAUCCCUAAGAUCUGGAUAUCGGCUCACGACUCCCCACUCUUACCUCCAAAAUAUCAUUCACGCCCUAUCUACAAACUAUGACGCCGUGUCUGCGAUGUGUUUGUUUUUGGAGUUUGUGUUGCCUCGGGUUCCUAAGGAGUUUAUAACCAAGUCCGAGGCCACUAAGACUAUGGAGAUUGUUGUUAAGGCUUUGCAUGCUACGAGUGAUAGCACUUUGGUCGAGUGUUUGGCUUGUUUGCUGGAGUUGUGUGACUUGGACAAUUGGGAAUCUAUAAAAUUAGGCGUCGAGGCGUUUAUCUACUAUUCAAGUCAUACACGGCUGGAGGUUAGAAAAUCUGCUCAGAUUUGUGCUGUGAAGGUCUUCCGUUCUUUUGAAUCCGAAAAGGUCAAAGAAUGUGCAAGUGAAUUGGUACUACAAAUGUUCACUUCCCAUGUGUCUUUACCCAUAGGCGAAUCGGAUACAAUAGAUCCAUGCAUUCUUCACAUGAUGGAUAUGAUGAGAUUCCUAAUACCUGAUUUACCACCAAAUUUCGCAUCAAAAGCAAUUCGAGCAUUACCUAUAGGAGCCAAGUCCUCAAUGGUGAUGAGGCGUAUUUUAGAUUUCAUGGAGAUUCUACUCAAAUACUUUGAAGAUGAAUCCGAGCUUACACCGAUAGAUACCGAAUAAUAACAAAAAAGUGGAUUAGCGAAUAUUCCUUAAUCAAGUAUUCUAAAAGAAAAGUUGGGACGUGUAUUUAUCUUUGAAGAUCAAAACAUUGUUGCACUGAAGGAAACAAAAAUGGUGGUAAACAUAUGCGAUGCACUUUUAGAAGUUCUCAGUACUCAUGCAAACGAGCAUUCUUUACCUGUCAUUGCUGGUUUAUUUCAAAAUAUCGGGAACAAGUCCAUUGUCUACAUGCACAAGAUACUUCUAAAGCUUGCUGAAUUUAUGACAAAAGCAUCUGGUGAUGUAAAAAAACAUGUUCAAGAGUGUAUCGGGUGUGCGGUAAUUGUUAUGAAGCCGGAAAAAGUACAUGAAUUCAUACCUAUUUCCGUUGAUCCCGAUGAACUUACUUACUCAAACACAUGGUUGAUACCUAUUUAUAGGGAUCAUGUUGUUCUGUCAUCCUUGGGGUUCUUUAUUAGAACAAUAGUCCCUCUCUCCGAAUCUUUCAUGGAAGCAUGCAAAAAAGUUGAAGAAAACUCAGAAAUCAGAAAACAAUUUGAGUCUCAUGCACGAGGUUGUUUGGGAUUACUUCCCGCCUUUUGUCGCUAUCCAACUGACGUGUGUGAAAGUUUUGGAUCCUUAGCAGAUCACAUGAUUAAAUGGCUAAAAAAGGAUGUGUUUAUGAUCGAGUAUGUUGGCAUAGCUUUGCAGUAUCUUGUCAAGGGAAACAAAGGCCUUCCUUUUCUCUCUGGUGAGGAACUUUUCAAAGAUUGGGGGAUUGAAUACGGUAAAAAAGUCGAAAUGGAAAACAUGAAGGCCAUGUUACCAUGGUUAGAGGAGUUUUUGAAAGCUUUUAUCCAAGUUUUCUUUCAAUUGUCCCCUGAGAAACCUCCUGCUUUUGUAAAGGACACGAUUAGAUGCUUGACACUUGCUAUUAAAUCUUCAAAAGUAAAAGUGAUUUUCCGUUGGUCACUUAAGAAUGUUUCUGUAGAUGAAGGCAGACCUUCAAAUUUGAUACUGGAACUUGCAUCAUUGUUUGUUGAGGCAACUGGAGUUGAUUCUGAUGAUAUUAUAUACAAUUCCAUCGAAGAGUGUUUAAAGGAAGGGGUAGAGGAUGGGGAUGCAUAUGCUGCGCUUUACAAAAUCUUGGUGGAAUCUUCCGACUUCAGAUCUUCAAAGUUUAAGCAAGUUAUGGAUUUAUUACUUGGUUUGAAACCCCCUAAGGAUAUAACUUCACUUAGAUGGCGGUUUUUGUGCUUCAAGAUCUUGUUAGUUCGCUCAAUGGAGAUAUUUCAUGCUGGAAAGAACAUUUAUGGUAUUCGUAUGCUGUAUGAAAUCAUAGUGAGGCCACAAGAUAAAAAAAGUAAAAAGGUGGCAGCCGAGAUCCUUGUAGAGACAAGUACCAUUUUCAAAAAAGAAUCAUCUCCGUCAAAACCAGGAAAUUAUCAAGUAUUCAUCAGCAUGAUAAUGUUGUUACUCUUUUGGAGUCCUUAUCACGGAAAAGCUCCUUCUCACGUAAAAGCUGAUGCAGUCUCUGCGUUAUCACUACUUGUAUCUGAUGACCCACAAAUCUGCCUUCUCAUGCCAGAUGUUGUGCCAUCAAUCCUUGGAUUGCUGGAUAAGGAAGACAACAUACAAGUUGUGAUAGAUGUUUUAGGGUUCAUAGAGGCGUUAACUGUCAAUCUUCCAGUGAAAUACUUGUACGACUUCCAUGCUGAUAUUCUUGGUGGGAUUCUUCCAUGGUCGUAUGUUUCUCUACAUGAUAUCAAAUCAAAGGUGACUAUGAUUUUGGAGAUUAUGAUGCAGAAGUGUGGUCCUGCAUCACUCAAAUCUCCUGUACUUGAGCAAUACCAAGAUUUUGUUAUGAAUGAUUUUGGGGUAACAAUCACAUCACCCAUUACCAUUAGUAACUUUAAGCACCUGUCAUCACUGGAAGGAGAUGAUGAUGAUGAUGAUGAUGAUGAUGAUAAUAAUAAUAAUAAUAAUAAUAAUAAAAAGAAGAACAAGAAGAAGAAGAAGAAUAAGUAGGCCACUGGGGGUGUGGAAAGCAGUUGGGAAGAUACUCAGAUAGCAGCCUGAAAUGGAAAUCUUUCAGGAUUAUGCGUGUAUAUGAGUGAGAUGGAGAUACAUUAUGAUCUGAACCACUUUAUACAUGUACCAAAGUUGCUGCACAACUUCCUUGGUGGGCUUCUUCCAGGUUCAUUUGUUCAUCAACAUAAUAUCAAAUCAAACGUAUGUUUUAAAUUACAGGUGACUGAUUUUGGAGAAUAUGAUACAGAAAGGUGGUUCUGCAUGCAUCACUCAAAUCUCUUGUACCUGAGCAAUAACGAGAUUCUGUUAUGAAUGCUUUGGCAUCAAUUAGUUUUAUGCACCUGCCACUACUUGAAGAAGAUAAGAAGACAGAAGUAGACAACAGUUGGGAAAAGGCAGUCUUUCACAAUGUUUGCGUGUAUAAUGUGAGUGAGAUUGAGAUACUUUAUGAUCUGAACCACUUUAUACAUGUACCAAGGUUAUUGCUUCUCACCUAUGUGUGCAUGUUACAUGUUGAAUGCUGUUGAUACUUUAUAUAAAAAAUUAAGUGUUUUUAUU